UUUUUGACGCAAGCAUUUGUUCUCUCUCUGUUCUUUGAAGUUUCAAACCCUAACUCUCUCUCUCUCUCUCUCUUCUCUCUCCCCUGAAUGCAUUGGUUAUUGCCUUCGUGUCUCAUCGAUUUGGUUCUUCACUGGGAAAGAACAAUUUGAUGCCUGUUUCUUGCGAGAAUGUGUAAAGAGAGGUUUUGGUCUCUCUUCUUGCUGCUUUCCUUAUGGGCCAUACUUCUUUCAAUUGUGGUGGCAGAAACAGAUGAAUCAGAUGUUCGAGCUCUUCAAGAUAUAUACGUUUCCUUGAACUUCCCAUUUCAACUAAUUGGGUGGAACUCAAUUGGUGGUGAUCCUUGUAGAGAAUCUUGGAUGGGUAUUUCCUGCUCCGUUUCGGCAGUUACAUCCAUUGACAUUCAUGGACUCGGUUUAACAGGUACCUUGGGAUACCAGCUAUCAAACCUCGCGUCCUUGAAAGCUUUGGAUGUCAGCAAUAACUCCAUCCACGACGCAAUCCCAUCUCAGCUUCCAUCAAACAUCACAUAUUUGAAUUUGGCCUAUAAUAACUUCAAUCAAAGUCUUCCCUACUCAAUCUCAGAAUUGAGCUCACUCGCUAGCCUGAACGUGAGCCACAACUCCCUCUCAGGACCUAUAGGGGAUAUCUUCAAUAAGUUGCAGAACCUCUCACUUUUGGACCUAUCUUUCAAUAACUUCACGGGUGAUCUCCCUCUCUCUUUUAUUACUUUGUCAAAACUUUCUAAUCUUUUUUUGCAGAACAAUUACCUCUCUGGAUCAGUUGACUUUUUGAGUCACCUUCCUUUGUCUGAUCUAAACGUUGAAAAUAACUAUUUUAGUGGGUGGAUUCCAAAGGAAUUUGACUCCAUUCCAUAUCUUAGGAUUUCUGGAAAUCUGUUUCAGAAUGGAUUGAUGAUUGGUGUAGCUGCUGCGGGAGUUCUGAUAAUUGUGGGUGGAUCCCUUUGUUUCAUAUUCGCAUGCUACCAUCGCUCUUUUCCCAAGAAAAUGCUUUGUGCUUCUCUGUGCACUCUUCCAAUCACUACAUCUGAAGCUUCCAAAAUGAGAGUAGAAAAAGUGUGGACGAAGAAUCCCUCUCCACAUGAGUUUGAAUUAAAACCUCCACCUGGACAACUUAAAAGAAAGUCAUGUGAAAGAGCAGCAGCAAGAAAAAGUAUGGGAAAGAGAAGAAGAGGCCCACUAAAUGCAGUAUCAUAUUCUCUUGCCGACCUCCAAACAGCAACAAAUAGCUUUGGCCCCGAAAGUUUUGUUGGAGGGGGCUCUCUAGGUUGUGUAUAUAAAGCUCAGUUCCCUGAUGGCAAGGUUCUGGCCGUCAAGUAUAUUAACCUUCAGGGUCUUUAUAUUCAAGAACAAGAUGCAUUUCUCGAAAUGAUUUACUGCUUGUCAGAGUUGAAGCACCCCAACAUUGCUAGUCUCCAAGGCUAUUGUAUUGAGCAAGGCCAAAAGCUUCUUGUUUAUGAUUAUAUUGUAAAUGGCACUCUAUACGAUGCAUUGCAUCGCUCUGGGCCCUGUAGCAAGAUACUGAAGUGGAAUGCCCGGGUGGAUAUAGCACUUCAUAUAGCAAGAGGUCUUGAGUAUUUGCAUUCGGGGGGUUUAACUCCUAUAAUCCAUGGGAACCUGAAGUCUGAAAAUAUAAUGUUUGAUGAAUAUCGUAACCCUCGACUCACUGACUGUGGUCUGGCUACUCUCAUGCCAAGCAAGCAUCAUGUUUCAGGUUCCUUUGGAUGCACCCCUCCCGAAGUUGUAAUAUCAGGAGUUUAUAUAGAAAAGAGCGAUAUCUACAAUUUUGGCGUGGUGUUGCUCGAACUUUUAACAGGCCGAGUGCCACUAGACAGGGGAAAAUGGCAGCAAUCACUGGUGGAUUGGGCCACCCCACAACUUCAUGAUAUUGAUGCCUUGGUGAAGAUGGUUGAUCCCGCACUCAGUGGCAUCUUCCCCAAAAAGUCUCUCUCUAGAAUGGCUGAUAUAAUUUCCUUGUGUCUUCGGGUACAGCAUGUUCCCAUUCCUCAUCUCUCUCUCUCUCUCACAUGCCCACGUGCACACACAGUCUCUUCUCUCUAUCUCCUGGAUACUUCAAAAUAG